AUGAAUAUCUUUAAGGAGGCAGCAGGAAAUCCUCUACAACCAACCUUAAAUGGCACCAAGGUGCAGCCAUAUCCUCUCUCACGGACUUCAAUCACCAAUUCCUCAUACCGAAGCAACUUUCUUUCAUGGGCCUCUUUAAUUCCUUCUUCCCAUGCCACUGUCAGUUCGCCAAGCAACAGAUGUUGCUUCUCGAUAUCAGUUAAGACCAGAUCUGGUCUCAGACCAGACACAAUGACCUUCACUGGCGGUGUACCAUCAACCAACACUCUCCACAUCCUUGAGGCUUCAGACCCGGUUUUCUGUCUUGUGUCAGUCGCACCUUGCUUCAGGAAGGCUGCCUUUCGCAGGUCUGUCGAGGGUAUGCUAGCAUUUCUCGCAGCUGCUGCCACAACCUCCAGAACCAAGUUAUGCCUGAAGGUGUACCAGCCGUUCUGUAGCGCCUUCGGGCAGGAUGACAGUAUGUGGCACAGCUCUUCCUGCUCAACACAGAAUGAUCCGCUAGUCUUCUCCCUAAACAACUGCUUCGUGAAGCGGAACGGACUUUCCGUGAAUGACUCCCGGGCCUUGGCAGCCUCCUGUCGCUUUUUGGCAAGCCGUUCCCUAUCUAUAUAUGUAUAUAUCUCUCUACCACAUUCUGUUUACCUUUGUUUCUUUCUAUCUAUCUAUCUAUCUAUCUAUCUAUCUAUCUAUCUAUCUAUCUAUCUAUCUCAGUCUUUCUUUCUUUCCCAUCUUUCUAUCUUAGUGUUUUCAGAUCUAUCUAUCUAUCUAUCUAUCUAUCUAUCUAUCUAUCUAUCUAUCUAUCUAUCUCAGUCUUUCUUUCUUUCUUUCUUUCUUUUCUUUCUUUUUCUUAGUGUGUUUUCCCAUCUUUCUAUCUUAGUGUUUUCAGAUCUAUCUAUCUAUCUAUCUAUCUAUCUAUCUAUCUAUCUAUCUAUCUAUCUUAGUCUUUUCAGAUCUAUCUAUCUAUCUAUCUAUCUAUCUAUCUAUCUAUCUAUCUAUCUAUCUAUCUCAGUCUUUCUUUCUUUCUUUCUUUCUUAUCUUUCUCUCUUUCUUUCGUUCUUUCUUUCUUUUUUUUCUUUGUUUUCCUAUCUAUCUAUCUAUCUAUCUAUCUAUCUAUCUAUCUAUCUAUCUAUCUACAGGUUUGUUCGUAUCUAUCUAUCUAUCUAUCUAUCUAUCUAUCUAUCUAUCAGUCUGUUCGAAUCUAUCAUUUUGUCAGAAAAUAUCUAUCUAUCUAUCUAUCUAUCUAUAUAUAUAUAUAUCCUUUUGUCAGUAAAUUUGUAUCUAUCUAUCUAUCUAUUCAUUAUCUAUCUAUCUAUCUAUCUAUCUAUGUCUAUUCAUUAUCUAUCUAUCUAUCUAUCUAUAUAUCUAUCUAUCUCUCUCUCUCUCUCUAUAUAUAUAUAUAUAUAUAUAUAUAUAUAUAUAUAUCCUUUUGUCAGUAAAUUUCUAUCUAUCUAUCAGUUUGUUCGUAUUUAUCUAUCUAUCUAUCUAUCUAUCAUCUAUCUAUCUAUCAUUUUUUUGUUCCUAUCUAUCUAUCUAUCUAUCUAUCUAUCUAUCUAUCUAUCUAUCUAUCUAUCAGUCUGUUCGAAACUAUCAUUAUGGCAGAAAAUAUCUAUCUAUCUAUAUAUCUAUCUGUUUGUAAAUAUCUAUCGCUUCCUCAGUAAAUAUCUACCUACCUAUCUCUCUUUCUCUCUCUCUCUCUCCUUCCCUCUAUUAAAUAAAUGA